GACGCGUGUGACAUCAAUUUUGGGGAUGUCAAUUGCGAUCGAUGGUUAUGGAUUAUACUAAGAUCCCGUGCUUCGCGUCAUUCAGACAAGCCGGCACUGUGAUAGUUAGAUUAAAGAUGGAUGUGUCAGACACCUGUUGCGCCCGCCCCGCGUGUCCCCGGUCCUUCCCGGGCCCCGUACAUAGACCGACAGAUUGUGAACAAUGCUCUAGGACCAGAUCGUAUAGCCAAAAUAGUGACUGUGAUAGUGAUUUAGUGGACAGAUGUCGACCCUACAGAUCGAGUAUCGCCAGAAGCAGAUACGUCAACGUCUGUGCAGCAGUUUGCCUUGUUCUCCUGGUGGGUGGACUCUCACCGCAGUCGACGGCAGCACCUCACAAACGCAUUAUGGACAGACAACGUAGAUCUUCCACAGAGGAGAACAGCCUCUGGGGAAACCCUUGUGAUUAUGCCUCUGAUACCAAAACGUCAAAAUACUCAGCAAAAUUCGCAAAACUUGUUGCGUCACAAGCAAGAAACGCCCUCGAGUCGACAUCAAAGUACAAAGACAAAUUUGUAAAACUACAUAGUUUUCAAUCAUAUGACGCGUUACUUAAGGAGUGGAGUGGGACGGAGUGGUUAAGAAAUUUUGACUGGUUAGAAAAUGAUAUUAAAGAUGGACUUCCCAAAGACAACAUCGCUUAUCAGCCAAUGUCCGAACAAUAUUUGGGAGAUUUAAUGAAAAAAAUCGAUAUUGAGCUGCCGUCAAUGUACAAAGGCUUGAAGAUGGUUGUCGCUGGGUUGUACUACAUUAGCAAAGAGGGUCUCAACGAUCACAUCUCUUCGGAUGCCAGUUUGAAGCAAAACAUCACGCAGUCCAUGCACGACAUUCGGGCAGUGCUCUGUUUAUUCAAUGAGCUAAUGCUAUCACGUAACCUAAAGAUCCCAGCAUUACCAGACUCCGAAGUACCAGACAUGAAGAACAACAUUGGUAAUGCGUUUCUCGUAUACCGCGACACUCUGCACUACUUAGAAUACCUCGCCCAAGUCUUCCAGAAGAUGUACGACGUUGACUCGCUACAGGAUUGAAAACGCUUCUACUAGAUAGUAUUAAAACAGUAUUACCACAAACAUAAGUUGCAUCGGUUGCUCGUGGGUCGAGCUCACUGAGCGAUGUUGCCAGUGAUAGGGAAUUAGUCGAAUGCAACGUGGACGUAGCUAUUGGCUAAAGUUGUACGAGAACGACGUGAGCUGGGCGGUAACGUCCCGGAACUUAUUUUUUGGUAGUACUGUACCGCAACUGGUUUGCGGUGCGUCUGCCACGAUUUGUAAUGAUGUAUAAUUGUUCUUGGGCUGUCUACUUAAUUAUUAUUGGUGCUUUUAUUUAUGUUGACAUAAACAGUAUUCGGUUUUGGCCCAGAAUCUCUAGUUACGCACCACUUGUUGAUAGUGAAUGAAUUUGCCAUUACAUUGCCAUUUCGGUCUAGAGCGAAUUAGUUCCUUUAUGUAUUUGUAAAUAGUUAUGGAUUAAAUCGUAUUAUUUAUUGAUUGAAUAACUGGCAGCUAAUAACGAGGCAGCUUAAUUCUAAAUUUUCCGAUGUCCUAGUCAAGGUAAUUUAUUUAUUUCGUACUUUCAUUUUAGUUUAAAUUACAUUUGUAUGUAGAAAUUAUUAGUAGAUAAUAUUAAUUUCAUUCCACCAAACUUGAUUGUCGAUAGUAAAUUAUUUAGUUGAAUGUCGCAUCUGUGGAUUCAUUAUAUUUAAUAGACGAAUGUUCUCUCGAUGUUGUGUGGAGCGGUCGCGGUGGAGCGGUUGAGGCUGCUAACAAAUAAUUUAAUUUGUACAUUAUAAUUCCUAGUUUCAUUUUAGUAUAACUCGAAUUCUUUGUUAACUAUUUAUAUUGCUGUUACAGAAAUAUGACUAGCUUUAAUAGAGCUGUUAAUUAUAUAAUAUUAUUGUAAAGUACAGAGCCAGUGUAUUUAUGACUUAAUCAUUAUUUGUAUAGUUCAAAUAGUAUUUAUAACUGCGCAAACAUAAUGGCUAUGUUUGUGAUAUUAAAUUAUUAUUACAUUUA